AUGAGGGUCUCAUCGGAAUUCAUGGACCUCCCCGCUCCCGAUAUCAACCCGGAGCGCCCCCAGAACGUCUAUGAGGGCAACAUAUUUGACCAUGAAAGCGUCUCCGAGGCGAUCCAACCACUGUCAUCACACCCGGAACUUAUGGCUGACAAUAUACACCGGGGGAUUUGGGGAUCACCAGCACCGCCUCAGGAAGAGGCCGUUUGGACAACAGCCGGGGCUACGGAAACGGAUAGAAAUGCCAGCACUGCCCUAGAUUCAAAUCGAACUCGAUCUGGCCGCCGUAUUACUCAACCAACUGUUCGACAAGCCGAGCCUGGGACAAUUAAAGGGCCUGUCAAAGUGGCAGCUAAAAAGCGGAAGCGUCCGAACCGCCAGGUCAAUAUAGUUUGCACCGGCUGUUACCGAGGACACAGCCCCUCGAACAAUUUGAUUGUUUUAUGUGACUCAUGUGAUGCUCCGUGGCAUCAGAAAUGCCACAGUCCAAACAUUCAUAAUGAGGUUAUCGAAAUUUCGGAGAUGAAUUGGUUUUGCAUCAAGUGUAAACCUGAGCAACGUCAGGCAGCCCAGACCAAAUAUCAAAAGAAUGGUGCAACGAAAAUGAAAAAAGUCGAACGACCGAAGAAGCAGCCUGUGUCUGAAUCUCAAAUUGGUGGAAAUUAUUAUUCAGAGGAGGAACGACGGGCGUAUCUGUCAUCUCUUUCUCAUGAUUCGCUAGUCAAGCUUAUAGUGAGAGUCUCAAACGAGUGGCCGUCGGUUCCUAUGUUUCCCCGGGACAUGCAGGAAAACGUUCGUUCUGCAUUACUUGGUUGGGAAAAUCAGGAACCAUCGUUCAAGAACGCUAGCGACAUGGAUUCAAACCAACAGAUCGGCAAGACUUCUAAUACCACAGCCCCCGAAGCUACUGCCAUGGAUGCCGAAGAACUCUUUGCUGCAAUGGUUUCCGAUACGGUUCCCAAUCCUGCUUCCCCGGCGGCUCUUGGUGGCAUCGCUGCCUGCCAGGUUUCCACUGGAAUUUCUCACACGCAUGCUCCCACAACUGCUCCCCAGACUACAACAACAACUUCCCAGACGCCUUCCAGAGCCACGCGCAAAUUUACAUCGCAUGCUGCGCCUGCAGCUACACGUGCUCGCAAGGCCUCUUUCGUUUCUUCGAACUCUGACCUGCUCACCGACGACGAGUCAUCAUACUCCCAAUCCCCCACUCUAUCUCCAUCUCAGUCCUCACAAGUUGGAUCCCAGCAUGAAUCGGAUUAUGACCCUGGAGAUUACCGCGCCUACCCCGAAGCUGGUCAAGGCUUCCAGGUGCCGUCGACCCCAAGCGAUCUUGACAUCAUGGCUGAGGAUAAGAAUUGCCUUACAUUCAGUCAUUCUAUCCGAGGCUCAGCUAAGCAGGCUCAGAAUAAGAAGCCUUCUUCGCCUCUGGGUCAGCGGAUGCAGUGGUGA